AUGACAUCAGGAUGGUCCUACUGGGUCCUCCCGCUGCUCCUGCUUGCCCCGGCCCACGCCGGGGGGCCUGGCCCUGUCCUCAUCAACCGCCCCUUCGUCACCAUCUGGAACAUCCCCACUGAGCGCUGCGCCGAGAAGUACAACGUCACCCUCAACCUGGAGGUCUUUGACAUGUUGGCCAACAACCAGCAGUCCUUCAAGGGGCAGGACAUCUCCCUCUUCUACAGCGAAGACUUGGGACUUCUCCCCUACUACACAGAUGAGGGGGUGCCAGUGAAUGGGGGGCUCCCCCAAAAUGCCAGCCUGUGGACCCACCUCCUCCGGGCCAUCCAGGACAUCAAGGUUAACCUGCCCAGCCCUGCCUAUGGUGGGCUGGCUGUCAUUGACUGGGAGAAGUGGCGCCCGCUGUGGAUCCGUAACUGGGACUCCAUGGACAUCUACCAUCAGAAGUCAGAGGAGCUGGUGCAGCAGAAGCACCCGCGGUGGCCUCCUGAGAAGGUGAAGGAGAAAGCCAAGGAGCAGUUUGAGCAGAGUGCCCGUGCCUUCAUGGAACGGACCCUGCAGCUGGGCAAGACCCUCCGUCCUGAUGGCUACUGGGGUUUCUAUGGCUUCCCCAGCUGCUACAACAAUGACUUUGACAGUCUGCCCUACACUGGGAUGUGCCCGGUGGUGGAGCACCAGAGGAACAAGGAGCUGUGGUGGCUCUGGCAGAACAGCCAGGCACUCUACCCCAGCAUCUACCUGCCCCCUGCCUUGAAUGGCACCAGCAAGGUGCUCGCCUACGUCCGGCACCGCGUGGCUGAGGCUUUUGCUGUCCUCAACAGCAGUGUCCCCGUCCUGCCCUACUCCCAGAUUGCCUUCGAUUGCACCGUUGACUUCCUCUCCCAGGAGGACCUGAUGAACACCAUCGGGGAGAGCGCAGCUCAGGGUGCUGCUGGCAUUGUCCUCUGGGGCAGCCUCAACUACAGCACCUCCAAGGAGAUGUGCCUGAGGCUGAAGAACUACGUGGAGGGGCCCCUGGGCCACUACAUUGUCAAUGUGACAGCCAGCGCCGAGCUGUGCAGCUGGAGCCUGUGCUUGGGCCAGGGCCGCUGCGUGCGCCGGGAGGACAAGCAGGGCUUCCUCCACCUGGAUCCCUCCCGCUUCGCCAUCAACCUGAGAGCUGGCAAGCCCUGGCUGGUGGCACAGAGCCUGGAGACUGGUGAUGAUGUCUCCUGGCUGGCCAAGGAGUUCCGCUGCCAGUGCUAUGGCAAGUGGCAGGGACCCCACUGCAACAGGUGGGGCUUUUCUGAGUGA